UCUCUCUCUCUCUCUCUCUCUCUCUAACCUGAUCAUGAACAUGAUCACUAACGUGAGAAUCGAAGGGAAAGGAGAGCAAGCUGUGGUGCUCUCGCAUGGGUAUGGGGGGAGUCAGUCCACUUGGGACCAUGUUGUCCCUCACCUCUCUCAGAGGUACCGACUCCUUCUCUUUGACUGGAACUUCAAGGGAGCCAUCGACGCUUCCAAGUACUCCUCCUUCACUGCCUUCGCUGAUGCUCUCAUCGCGCUCAUCGACCGGUUGAAGCUCAAAGGAACAGUGUUCCUUGGUCAUUCCAUGUCCGGCAUGAUCGGCUGCAUUGCCUCCGUCAAAAGGCCCGACCUCUUCAGUCAUCUCGUGCUCAUCGCAGCAUCUCCAAGGCAAUAAUAACCUUUCGUUAUUGAAUUUAUUGUAUAUUUCACUUGCAUGCGUUCGAUGUUUUUGUUAAUUUUAUUAGCUGCUUCGGCUUAUCUUUCGCCUCGAAAUGAUUCUUAUCUCCUUCAGCAUAAAUACGAUACGGUGAUCGACUGAUUAAAGAAUCUCAAUCUUUGAAUAAUCAGUUUAUACCAUUUAUAUUACUUCAAUUUUAUCUUUUU